CCACUGUUGCAGCUCUUGGCGUCUUAUUUUGAACAUGGAAGCGGAGUCAAAUAUAUCAAUAGUCCAGGAAAAGAGCGAAAAUCCACCUCCUGUGUACUUAAGUGAUGUGGAUGAUAUAUCGGAUAUUGAUGUGGACGAUGUUGUGGACAAGCUGCACAAGACAAUAACAUCGAAACCGGUCUACGACGAGAAGAGAAGCAUAUUCAAUACAACGCUCGACCUAGCUGAUGCUGAAUCCACUUGUGAAUGCGCCAGCACAGAUGUGGAUGCUUAUGUCGCGAGCGUUGCGCAGGAGAAGCAGCAGUGGGAAUCCUUCGCCACCAAAAUCUUGCAAAAACCAAUUGAAGGGAAGGCUCUGGAAUCCGAGUACAAGCCGAACGAAGAGCAGAAAGCCUAUCUAAGUAAAGGACCAAGUUUGCAGAAUUUCAUACGGGGCUUUAGUAGCUUCAUGGAUGAUGGCAACGCGUUUAUUCGGCAAUAUGAGAUGAUGCAGGACCUGCAGGAGAAUUUAAAGAACUGCUGCCAGUUCGAUGAACUACAAAAACAACAGAAUUGCAUAUCAGAAGCCUUGGCUAAUGAUAUAUCCAUAAGAAAAUACAAUAUGUAGAGAUACUUUGUGUGA